CAGGAGGAGGCCAUUCGGACCCCUCUAGACCCAUUCGCACAGGGACAGGAGGAGUCUUUGAGAUAGAGCAGGCUGCUGUGUCACUCUGAUAAGCAGAAUUCAGCACAGACAUUCCAAACGGACAUGUUAUAUAGAAACAUUGCAGGGCAAGCCAGGGUGGAUUGAUGCCUCGUACUAUCGUUGUAAUCGGAGCUGGAAUAAGUGGGCUGGCAGCUUCACUCCGCCUGAGCACUGCUGCUGCCGGUGUUGGCAAGAUUAUCUUGUUGGAAGCAAGUGGCCAUGUGGGAGGUUGGCUACAAACUACACGGACACAGGAUGGGGCUGUAUUCGAGCAUGGACCGAGAGGUGUCAGACCGGCAGGGAAAGUGGGGAAGAAUACCCUUCAAAUGGUUUCGGAGCUGGGUUUAGAGAGUGACGUUCUUCCAGUGACCUACAGUCAUGUGGCUUCCAAAAAUCGAUUCCUGUUUAUUGGGGGAAAGCUUUGCAAAUUACCGUCAGGAUUGAGAUCUGCUUUUGUCACCUGCCCUCCGUUCACCCAGCCCAUCAUCAGGAGCUUGGUCCGGGAACCGUUUGUCAGACGAGGAGAAGAUUACGAUGAAAGUGUUCACAGUUUUGCAGCUCGCAGGUUUGGAAAGGAGCUAGCUGAGAUUGCUAUUGACGGUCUGUGCCGUGGGAUCUUUGCUGGGAACAGCCGAAAGCUCAGUGUGCGGUCCUGCUUUCCCACUCUGUUUGAGGCCGAGAGGAAGUUUGGAUCUGUGCUGAUCGGGAUGAUUGCAGGAGGAGGAGGAGGAGGAAGCAGCAAAGAUCCCCGCUUCACCUCGGAGUUAGUGAGCCGGGCACAGGCCGAAAACUGGGCGCAGUGGACACUGAGGAAAGGCAUGAAGUCCCUACCAGAAGCAAUGGAACAGGAAUUGCAGAGGCGCGGUGUGGAAAUUCACCGGGAUACACCUGUCAACUCAGUUCAACAGACGCCUGAUGGAGCCUGGGAGGUCCAUCUUGAUGGAGGGACGAUGAACGCAGAUCACAUUUUUUCCUCGGUACCAGCAAAAGUGCUGAACAGAAUCCUCCCCCAGUCCUGGGUCACGCUGUGUGACAGCCUGCGUGAGAUCGACAGUGUGUCUGUCACUGUGGUCAACCUGGAGUAUGAUGGUUCGAUCCUGCCAGUUACAGGCUUUGGACAUCUCGUGCCCUCACAGGAGAGCGGUGAAAUCUUGGGCGUUGUUUAUGAUUCCUGCAGUUACCCCCAGCAAGAUCGAAUGGGCCCCCCUACCACCAGGCUAACGGUCAUGAUGGGCGGCUCCUGGUUCCAGGAAGCCUUCGGGGAUCCAGACACUGUGCCUCAGGACCAUUUGCUGCAACGAGCCACAGAAACGGUGCGCAGUCACCUGGGCGUCACCCAGACACCCCUGAGGGCCAUCAUCAGAGUGCAGAAGGAUUGUAUCCCGCAGUAUGCUCUGGGGCACUCGAAACAUUUAGAUACUAUCUUCGGAGCUGUCGACCAGCAUGGCCUUCCCCUCUCGCUGAUCGGCGCUUCGUACUGUGGAGUGUCGGUGAACGACUGUAUCUAUGAGGCGCAGCGAUCGGUGGACCGUCUGCUGGGCUGACCGCAGCCACUCGGUUAAGGCCCAGCCGUUGACCAGGAGCCUGUCACCCGUGGGUACGGCUCAGAACCACGUGGGGAGGGGCAGAGGAGUGCAGGCCCUUGCAGGGGAACCCAGGACCUUGCUGAGUCCGCGUGCGUGCAGGGAUCGGUUUGAGAGAUGUAGUUUGCUGUCGUAUGCCUGUGUGCAAGCUUCCAAAAUAAAACCGAC